ACAGAGAGUGAAGAAAAUAGAGAAAGAAAAAUGAUUGGAAAGAUUCUAGGAGAUGCCCUUAAAACCACCGACGAUGCACGUAGAACAACUGAGGACGUUGCCGGGUCCGUCAUAGAUGCUGGAGGGAACCUUAUCGACCGUGCUAGCGGUAUCAGAAGGCUGGGGAAGAAAAAGAUCAAAGGGAAGGUGAUUCUCCUGAGAAACAAUGUCUUGGACUUCACUGAAUUUCAUUCCAGUGUUCUUGAUGGUUUCACUGAGCUGUUGGGCAGUCGAAUUGUACUGCAACUUGUGAGUGCAACUGAGAUUGAUCGCCAUUCAAAUGACCCACGAGGGAAAGUUGGAAGUCGAGCUUAUUUGGAGAGGUGGCUGACUUCAUUGCCACCAUUGUUUGCUAGACUGCUUCUUACUCGAUCCUCGAUGAGAAUUCCCUUCUUCGUCUGAUGAGUCUCUAUUAAAUCCUCGAUAGAACUCGAUGACAACAGAACUAAUACUAGAUCGUACUCGACGGUUCUUGAAUGAUACUCGGUGCGACUCGAAGGUGAAAACAAUGUACUCGAAGCUACUCUAUAGAGAAGAAUCGAUGCACAGUUGACUCGAUAAUCUGAUUACUCGAUGCGAUUUGAAAGAUAAUUGAAUGGCGCGCAAUUUACAAUGAAGAAACACUCAAACGAACAAGAAAGAUAAGGGAAGAAGAAGGAGACAUUGUGUUUACGUGGUUCGGCAAGAUUGCCUACGUCGACGGAAAGAUCUGAAUUCUUUUUACUGAUGAAGAUUGCGUACAAAUUUUUGUUGUUACAGAAAACUAAGAAAAUGAUGAUA